CGCAACCGCAACGUGCAGCAAUUCCACCACGACACCAGACAGCGAACAACGAAGAUGGCUCGAGGUGGCAAGUCUGCUGCGGCGGUGGUUGGCGUCGUGGCCCUGACCAUGGCUGCACUCUACCCAAUUGUGUUUGCCCCUCUCAUGGACGCCUCGGAAUACCGUGGUCGGCAACAGGAAUUCUUGCGCGAGCAGGGCCUCUCCAAGAAGGACAUUCAACCUGAAGGAUUGCCGGUAUGGUCGGAUCCAUUUGAUCAAAAGAAGAGCAAGUAAACAGCACAAACCACACA